CCGCUCCCUUGGCCCCAGCUGGGUGUGAGCUGGCCACCGAUCCCCCAGCCAUGAGCAGCAUCGCAGCCAUCGGGGAGAGCUACCAGAAGUUCAACCCCAGAGCCUACCUACAAAACAACUACAUGCCCCCCCGGGCUGACUUCAGCUCUGAGGACUGUGUGGUGCCCUGGAAGCUGCGGUGCCUGGCUGAAGCCUUUGCCACAGGUGACAUCCACGGUCGCACCCUGAUCGACGUUGGCUCCGGCCCCACCAUCUACCAGCUCCUGAGCGCCUCUGACCACUUCGAGGAGAUCAUUGCCACCGACUACCUGGAGGUGAACCGGGCGGUGCUGCGCCAGUGGGUGCAGGGAGAGCCUGACGGCUUCGACUGGAGCCCCUACAUCAAACACGUCUGCCGGAUUGAGGGCAAAGGGGAGCAGUGGAAGGAGAAAGAGCAGAAGCUUAGAGGGAAACUGAGGCAGAUCCUCCCCAUCGAUGUCCACCAGCCCGAGCCGCUGGGCUCCCAGGUGUGCCAACCGGCCGACGCCCUGGUCUCCACCUUCUGCCUGGAGGCGGUAAGCCCCGACCGGCUGAGCUUCGAGAGAGCCCUGAGUAACGUCACCACCCUUCUGAAGCCCGGGGGCCACUUUCUCCUCAUUGGCGCCCUGGAGGAGUCUUUCUACCUGGCCGGUGAGGCCAAGCUCUCAGUGAUCCCGGUGAGCGAGGCCGACGUCAAGGAGGCUUUGAGCAAAAGCGGCUACCACAUCCACGACUUCCGCUCCUACCUCAUGCCGCCCGGCCUGAAAAUUGGCGUGGAUGACGUGAGUGGGGUCUUCUUUGUCCAUGCACAGAAGAAGCCUGUGGCCUGAGGCCCAUGGCUAGGCAGGCCUGGGCAAUCCUCUUGUUCUUUGCUAAGAUGCACAUCCUACAGCAAAGUGAGGUUUGGUAGCUAGUAAUGCAAUAGAUGCAUCCAUUCUAGGCAGAUAACCUGACAUGCUGCGUGAUUCUCCUUAAGGCCCCCUCCACCCCCAGCUCCAAAGCUCAUCUCCUUCGCACGUGGUAGCCAAUUUAGCAGUGAAGGGGUUAAACGAAACUGGAGGCACGUGGGUUAGCUGGUUCUCUGAGGGGCUCUUCACUCAUAAAUUCUAGGCUUCUAUUAAUGGCAGGUCCUGUUCCCCUGUGUCUGUGUAGGGCCAAGCAUGGCUUGAGCAGUUACUGGAGUAUCAGGCAGGGUUGGCUUUCUCUAGCACCAAGGUUCUCCUUGUGCCGUACAGAGUGAAAUCCUACUCGGGGCACGCAUUUCUAGAGGCCCCCCGCCCCGAUCAGCUUGCGUGCUUAUACAGCACUUUGGGGGGGGGUUCAAAGUGCUUAUAUCAUUCAGUUAAUCUGCAAACCAGCCUGUGGAGCAGAUCUGCCCUACCACCCUUGUUUUACAAACAGGGAAACUGAGUCACAGAAACUAAGUAGGGGCUAGUUAGAGAGCAAGAGCUGGGAUUAGAACUCAGCCACUUCCUGAUCCUACACUCAAUGUACUGGUUUCUCUCUCUCCACAUCAUUUUACAUGACAUGCAGCCACCUCUGGGGCAGAACUCAGCAGCUGCUAAAGGGCAGACAGUAACAUUCCACAAGAGUUUAGAACAGGUAACGAAAAACUGCCUCCCACUCCAUCUGAAAGUGAAAGGGGAGUAGGAGGUAGGCAGAAUAUAAUUACCCAAUCUGGAAUUUCAUUGUAUAGGGAGAAUACAAAACUACGUAGAAUUUCAGCAGGAUUCCAACUUUAGAAUUAGCACAAUUUAGUUUUGGUACCAAACCCAUCUGCUGAAGACUUUAGUGGGAACCUCAGAUAAUUUAGGCCCAACGGUUAGAUGUUUACUGUAUGUUUAAAGAACAUUUCAGAGAACCUACUAAUGAUGAGAUGUUUUCAUAAUUUCCAUGGCACUUUAUCGAGAUAUUUAUUUUGUGGCUAUAGCCAUAUUCCAUGCUGGUCUCUGGGAGCUAUACGCUGUGCCUUUGUUUUACUGCAUGAGAAUCCAUUGAAAAUAAAAGCUAUAAAGUAAAGGCAAAUGGGACUGUCUAGAUUCACUCUGAGCAGGGGAAGCGUAAAUGUUAAACAAACAGCCUACAAAGCAGAUGCAUGUCUAUAUUUAAGUAAUCCCAAAGUGGUUAAUAGUUCAGCUGACAACUUUAAUAAAUACAGGAUGUUUAAUUUGGAACCAACCCUUUAAAGAAAUGUUUUGGAAAAAACAAAACAUAGGUCUUUCCCCAAGGUGGGGGGCAUAGUAACCCCACAGUGACCCUCUCUAGUUAACUCUCUCUGCAAAAAAAUUGCCUGGAAGCCAAGGGUGGGAUUUUAUGGUGCUUAAUUGAGGACAGAGCACUGCCCUUAGCUGGACUCUCCAAUUUCCUCUUGGGGCUGCAGCAGCACACGCAGGACCUGCACGUCGCAUUGGUCAGGCGUGAGGUAGUGUAAAGACACAGCGUCUUUCAGAGGCCCGACAUUGUGCCCACACAAUGUCACUGAAAAUGGAUGGGGCAGCUCCACCGCACCAUUUGAAGUCAGUCUCACAGGCUGUCUCUUUACUGUUUCCUGCCAGCUCGUGCUCCUUCUUCACCAUGUGCAAACACCUGCCUUGGAUCGUGCCGUAAAAACAGCAGUGUUGGUAAUGACGUCACCGCUUCUUUAGCCAGUGGGUCACAACAGCGCCGGGCUGGCCUCAUUCACUAGGGGGUUAGUUCUUGCAGUUGGGAGUGGUGAAGGAAUUCAAGGCUUCAAAAGAGCAUCCAGUCUUUAAAUCCAAUCCCCGCCCCAGUGGCAGGCCUCAGAGGGAUUUAGGCUCACGCGAGGCCAGUGAGUGUAACAUUACUAUCCAGAGUAUUGACAUCGCACCUGUCAGCAUGGGGGGUAACCGCAGGGGACAGGACAGCAAGCCCUGUUCAUGGGA